GACAUUCUUGAUUUGCUGGAGUUCUUGAUCAGUCGUUUCAGCAACGUCGAUGAGGCCUUCCGCAAGAUCAUAAACACGAGCGACACGAAGACACCGCUCAUAACUUUACGUGUCUUCCAAGCUGCGCUUGUGGCCUUGGACUGCGGCAAGUUCAAAGGUCCAGACGAGAACCAGCGCUUGGCGGCAAUCUUUCGGUACCUUGAUCCCGGAGGAGAAGGCAGCAUCUCGCAAAACGAAUGGCGUGUUCUGGGUCAGCUUUGGAAUGAGUUCGACCUCACGAUCCGCGAGUUCGUCCAGUUCCUGCAAAUAGCUUUCGGUGAGGACCUUCAAGAUGCUUGGGAGGCCCUGGAUGAUGAUCAGAGCGGCGAGCUCUCGGAG